AUGGGCUGUGAGAAGGCAGGGCUGGUGGUGCUGCUGCUCCUGACCCUGGAGGGCCUUCUCGCCACCAGACUCCCACCGCACCGAGUGGAGACCCAAAGGUUCCUCCGAGGGGAACCUCAGAGCCCUUUGCCAUCGGUGGCCGGAAGCUCUUGUGGGGCGCAGCACUUCUGUGACUUUGACAAUGCCGACCGCCCCUUCUGCGACUGGAGCCAGCCCCCCAACGGCCAGGGCAGCCUGUGGCUCCCAGCACAGGGGCAGAAGCCUGGGGCGAGCCCUGGACCCCCCGAAGGAGACAUCGCACGGAGAGACAAUUACAUCCACCCAGCAGCUGGAGGGUUCGCACAACUGGAAAGCCCGGAGGUGGACCCGGCCGGAGCGGAGGUCUGCCUGCGAUUCCUGUAUUAUUUCUACAGCUUCAACAGCGAAGACCAGCUGAGCAUCGAGAUCCGGAGCGCUUCGGGCAGUGUCGCCCCCUUGUGGACCCGGGAAGGAACGCAGAGCACCUCCUGGCUGAGUGGAGCCGUCACGAUUCCUGCCCAGACUCCGCGCCCCUUCAAGGUUGUUUUCAAAGGCAAACAGGUCAGCACAGGAGACAUUGCAGUGGCUCUGGACUCCAUCUUCAUCCAACCGGGACCUUGUUCACCCUGCAUGACCAAAUGCGAUUUUGAUACUCCGAACGACCUCUGCGGAUGGAGCAACCCAGAAGAGGGAGAUGUGAUGUGGACUCAAUGGGCUGGCCCUACAGAAACGCCUGGUGUGGGGCCACCGGAUGACUUCUCCAGGCCUGGAUUUGGUUCCUUCAUGUUGCUGAAUUCUUUUGACGAGGCGAGUCAUGGAAGCAGCUUUCUGAAGAGCCCCACGUUCAGUUCAGGAGGGUGCCUUCUCCUGGCAUUCUUCUUCAUUCUUCAUGGCGUCUCUGACGAUGCGGCCCUGAAGGUCUACGCGGCUCCCAUAGGGGGAGAUCUGGGGUUCCCAUUGCUGUUUCUCAAAGGGGAACACGGUCCCAACUGGAGGGGAGGAUUCGCUAAAUAUACUGGGAGGGGGGACAUCCAGUUUGUCUUUGAAGGCAUCUAUGCAGGCCAACCCGGUGUGGCAGUGGACAAUGUGGCAGUUUCUCCCUGUGAAGAUACUUUUGCCAGCUGUGAUUUCAACAACAACAUGGACCCCUUCUGUGGCUGGAGUGUGUCUGUGAAUAACACCUGGAAACGAACAAACCGAAACACCCCAACGGAAGACACAGGCCCCCCUGGAGAUUAUCCCCAUGGUGAAGGCUACUACAUCUACGUAGAAGGUGGCCAACUGAAGCCGAAUGAGUCUACGCGUUUCUCCAGUGCACCAUUCUGCAUGAAUCAGGAGGCCUGCGUUGAAUUCUACUACCACAUGCAUAGCGUCGUGGAAGUGGAGACCCGGCUCCGGGUCCUGCUGGAGGAACCUUCAGGAAGUGCUGUUCUUCUCUGGAACCGUAUGGGGACUCAGGGUCCCAACUGGCUGUACGGAUCUGUGACAUUGCCGUACACUGGAGCACAGCCAAGCAAGGUCUCUUUUGAGGUUAUCAGAGGAAGCAACGCCUACUUGGACGUGUCAUUGGAUAACAUUUUGGUGCGCAAGGGCCAUUGUGCAGAACACCCAGCACCUACUGUGCCUCCAAGCACCAGCUCAACAGCUCCAACGACUACUGGGGGACCAGUUGUGACUGUACCCUCUGAACAAUCUACCAUCUCCCGGCCUACAAUGAUUACCUCUUCAGGACCCACAAGGUCCACUGCUACAAAAAGCACAGGGACCAAGCCUCAUCCAACAGCCCUGAGGUCCACAAUGGACACUGGCCAGUCCAACAGGCCGAUCACCAUAACUACAAGCACUCCUGUCAUCACCAGGAAUGAAAGUCUGGCCACUACACCAGUUCCUCCCAUCACCACCACCAAAACUGCCCCUUCCAACAUCACCGUCCCCAGUGGAACAGCCACUACUCCCACCACCACCAGCACAGCUGUCCCUCCCAACAUCACCGUCCCCAGUGGAACAGCCGCUACUCCCACCACCACCAGCACAGCUGUCCCUCCCAACAUCACCGUCCCCAGUGGAACAGCCGCU